AUGGUUAAUUCUUGUAGGAUCUGGCUGGGCGGGCUGGAAAUAUAAGAUGAACUGCUAAAAGCAAAGAGGGCAGGUAGAGGGAGAGGAGAACGUGAAGGAAGGAGAGAUGGGUAAAGGAGGAGAGAAGGGGGAGGAAGAAGGGGGCUAUGAGAAAAUGUUAACGCAUUACACUUGGGAAGAGAUUCAAAAGCACAAUAGCAGGACGGACAAGUGGCUUGUGAUUGAUAGGAAAGUGUAUAACGUGACUAACUGGGCCCUAAAGCACCCCGGAGGGAUACGGGUUAUCAGUCACUUUGCCGGAGAGGACGCCACGGAUGCAUUCCAGGCUUUCCAUCCAGACCUCACCUUUGUCCGUAAGUUUAUGAAGCCGCUUCUGAUUGGUGAGUUAGCUCCAGGUGAGCCGAGCCAGGACCGACAGAAAAAGAGUGAGUUGGUUGAAGAUUUUCGAGCCUUGCGGAAGACAGCAGAGGACAUGAAACUAUUUAAAAGAGACAUGGUGUUUUUCUCCCUCUAUCUUGCCCAUCUGUUUGUGUUGGAGUUUCUGGCCUGGCUGACACUGUCAUAUUUUGGAACCGGCUGGAUUCCAACUCUCCUUACUGCCUUAAUCCUGGCAACUUCACAGGCCCAGUCAGGCUGGCUUCAACAUGACUUUGGACAUCUGUCUGUCUUUCGAAGUUCAAAAUGGAACCACUUGUUACACAAGUUCCUGAUUGGUCACAUGAAGGGGGCAUCUGGAAACUGGUGGAAUCACCGACACUUCCAGCACCAUGCCAAACCCAACAUCUUUAAUAAGGACCCUGAUGUGAACAUGCUGAAGGUAUUUGUACUGGGAGAUACCCAACCUGUGGAGUUUGGAAAACGGAAGAUCAAGUAUUUACCUUACAACUAUCAGCACGAAUACUUUUUCCUCAUUGGUCCACCCCUGCUAAUCCCGGUGUAUUUCUACAUUCAGAUAAUGAUGACCAUGAUUACUCGUCGGGAUUGGGUGGAUCUUGCCUGGGCAACAACAUACUACAUCCGUUACUUCACUACCUACAUCCCCUUUUAUGGAUUUUUUGGUUCCAUACUGUUUGUCAUCUUUGUCAGGUUCAUAGAGAGCCAUUGGUUUGUGUGGGUGACCCAGAUGAACCAUAUUCCGAUGACCAUUGAUGAUGAAAAGCACAAGGAUUGGAUCACUAUGCAGUUGGAUUCCACGUGUAACAUUGAACAAUCUUUCUUCAAUGACUGGUUCAGUGGCCAUCUCAACUUUCAGAUCGAGCACCAUCUUUUCCCAACAAUGCCACGCCACAAUUACUACAAGAUCGCCCCUUUAGUGAAAUCACUGUGUGACAAGCAUGGUUUGAACUAUCAAGUGAAGCCUUUAUUGCAAGCCUUCAAGGAUAUUAUAGGGUCCCUGAAGAAGUCUGGUGAUCUGUGGUUAGAUGCAUACCUCCAUAAAUGAGGCUACUCAAUGAAUCUUCACUCCUCUCUCUUCCUGUCCCUGUCUGAAUUCCAGUUCUGCGUUGGAGUUCCUGUUUCUCUGAGCCUGUAUCCAUCUCAAGUGGUUUUCUGCAGUAUAAGAGGAUGCCACCACUGGCUUUCUGCAUGACCUGACAAAUGACUUGAUUCUCAAUUGACAGCUGAUGAAGAACACCUUGAAUUAAAUUGUUCUGUGCCCUCUGCCCCACUGCCCUUCUCUGUUCAAGCAAUGGCAGGUAUCCACUGCCUAAAUAGCAAUCUGCAUUUUACUUAGAUGAAACAAAUGUAGGACAAUGGGCUUGAUUUUAUUUUAAUUUAGUGUGUUUACUGACACUAAGUAAGAAGUUUGUUGUUUUGUGACAUCUCUAGUGUACUUUGUGGAGUAGAAUGAGAGGUUAUUACUGCACCAGCUGUAUGAAUAUUUAACCUUCAGUUAAAUGUGCAUCUGGCAUGCUCCAGUGCAACCAUGACCAUUUACUAGAGGAGGUCAUGGAGUCAUAGAGCACGGAAACAGACCCAUUGGUUCAAAUUGUCCAAGUUUGCCAAACUAAGGUGUCAAAGAGGAAGUACAUUAUACAAUGCCAGCUCGUCUUUUCCAUCUAACCCUGGCAGGCCACUGUUUCCGAAAAUUGGCUUUUGAAGAUGUUGUUGAUAUUAAUGCUGACACCUUAGUCACAGGCAGAAGUUGAGAAUCUGCAUUCCUUUUCUUUCGUGAACAUUCCAAGUAGUAGCAGAUUGCUGCGACAGUACUGUUUCCAAAAUGGCCUUAUGGAUGAGGCUGGGCAGUUGGAAUGUGACCAGUCUGACUACCAGCUGCACUUACAGCACUGCCGAUUGUGAUUCAGAGCCUUACAAAACAGUAUGAUAUGGGGAUCAUGUGCCCAGUAUGCCUUCAUCUCAGCUAAGUGUCAAUCUGAUGAUGUCUGCACAUCUGUACUGACACACGUUUCACUGAGUUUGUAGACAGUCAAAUAGCAAACUGCAGACUGAUUUAGGGUGCCACGUUUAAUCUUAACAGACCUGGAUCAAAGGAAACAAUUGUUGAUUCAUACCUGUAAAUUUUCCAGCUGCCGAAUACCGUUGUGUCGAGGUGGCUGAGGAUAUGAGUAGACACUCCUUUAUGUCCCUUGGAGUCACAGAGUUUAUAUUCAUUAUAUCAUCAAGACUGACACGUUAGGUGGGUUACCAAAGGAUAUCUGUACCCAUGAACAGUGUAUAAUUUGGGGACAGGGGGUUAGACUGCUGCUACCUCUUGUCCAAUACCUAACUCGUUGCUACCCCCUAUCCAACCCACCCCAAAUCUCACACAACGCACAUACACACACACACAUAUACACACACACAUAUACACACUCACAUACAAACACACGUGCACACACACGCACACACAUGCACACACCAGCAGAAACAGGGAGCAAGCAAAAUAUUACCCAUACAUUGGGUGAUACACAAAGCAAAUAAAAUCAAGCCCUAUCAGUCCAUUUACAAGAGAAAAUAUUAAAGUUUCUACAAAUGACCUGAGGAAUGAAUGGUUCUGUAGCAGUUUGGAGUGAGUUUCAACAAUCUAUGCCGGUUUGAAGUAUGACAUUCGGAAAAUAUAGAUUCAAGCCGUCAUCGACACAUUCUCACUAAACAUCAUUCCUUCCCUGCUUUCUGCAACCAUGAUCACUAGGUUCCCAACUUCUGUGUUUCUUAUCCUAACAGACAAAUGGCUCUUUCAGUCAUGUCUGUCCAUAAUUUAUAAUAACAAGGAGGACAAUGGUGUCGGUAAUUUUUUUUAAUAAAAUGACUAAUCCUGUUUCUGGCAUAAUUCAGUAUUGAAAUAAUUGUUGAUUCCUUUAAAUCUUACCCAUCCAUUGCUCAAUAUUAUUAACAAGGAAUGCAUUUUUUAACUAAUAUUAACAGCAGUAUUACUUACUCAUCCUACGAGGUACGCAUAUACUACACUGAAUCCAGUUCCUGCAUGAGUUGCUUUGACAAUAAACACCCACACACUCAGCUUUAGAAGCUAGGCUCUACGCUGAGAGUCCACAGUUGCUCUCAGUGAAACAGACAAGAUAAAGACAAAAAUGAAUCUGAGAUGCAAAGUGACCACUUUGGUCAAAUGGUCAAACGUCUUUGCGUUAUUGAACUGGGCCGGGCACAUGGAGAGGAGAGACUCAGUCUCUGGUUACUAGAUUGACAUCCAGAGGGAUAGUUAUGUCUCAUGAGUGUGGAAGUGUGAGUCGUUUGAGUUCUUUCAACACUCCCCCUCCCUGUCACAUACAGACAGCUCUCCCUGUUCAGGCUAAUAAAUACCAAAUUUUGUUAUGGGAAUAACACAGAGCACAAUUUGCUGGAUUUAAAGCCACAGAGGAAAUAGGUUCAGAAGAGGAAAAGACUGAAAUGUUAGGAAUUUGAAGCUUUGAAAAAGUUGAUUUCCAAGAAUAUGAAUUGAAUAGUGACCUGAUUAUUAUGGAAAACGAAAAGCAGAUAUUCAUUUGUAUGUUUUAAAAGAAUGUCCCAACCCAAUGCUGUCCAGUGAUCCUCUCCUGAACCAUGCCCAUCUUAGUUUGGGUGACAAUAGAAAGUGAGCCAACCAUAGUGUUCCCACAAUCAAGCUUAGACUCUCAUGAGAAAUUAUGGCCAUUUGGACAGGGAACUGAAGAACUGACACUGUAAUCCCGGAAACAGUCUUCUACACUCCUUAUUGAAUCUCCAGAAGCAGCACUGUGUCUGCUAAAAAUAAGCUGACAUCAUGGUGAAACUAUAACAAAUUCAUGCUAAAACAUAUGCAAUAUUUUAUUGUGGUCAGUUCUAAGGCAUCCCAAUUCCCUUUGACAUCCCAUGGCAUUGUCAUUGCUGAGUCUCUACCAUCAAAAUGAGCCAUGUACACAUUAUUCAUGUGGAUCAGAAGCUUGGAUAUAUGUAGCAAGCAUCUCAUCUCCUGUUUCCCAAAGCCUAUGCAGCACCUACACAGCAUAAGCUAAUUCUAUGCUGGAAUACUCUACGUUUGGUCUGGGUGGGUUCAUAUGCGAUCUAACCACAUGCAAUUUGACACAAUCCGAGGCAAAACAAUUAUUUGAUCAGCAACCCAUCCAUAGCCAUAAAUGUUACUUUCUGCAACUAUGGGGCGUAUCUUGGCUGCAACAAAUAUCAUCUGAAUGGGCUGCAGUAAAUUACUAAGGUUUCUUCAACAUCAUCUUCCAAAUCUACAACCUCCAGUAUUCGGAAGGAAAACAGCAACAAGUGUGUGGGUAUACCAUCAGCUCCAAAUUCCCAUAUGCCAUCCUAUUUAUUGUCGCCAAUCACACUCCUAACUUAACAGUGUUGAGGGAGUACCUUCACCACACAAACUGUGCUGUGAGAGUAUCUUUACCCAAAGAACUGCAAUGCUUUUCAAAAGGGCAACCAGGGAUGCACAACAUAUGCCAGUGAGGACUACAUCCCCAGAAUGAAUAAUUAAAAAUAAUCCUGACAGGGGAUGAGAGACUAUUUGGUGAGGAAUCGGAAUUAAUUUCUUCAAUGUAAUAUCUCAGGACAGCAUUGUCAAACAUGUGGAACAUGUUGCAGUCAGCCGUAAUAUGUUUUUAUAAUCCAUAUGCAUACACCUAAAAUCCCUUCGAUGAUUUAUGACCUUGAACCACAUUUUUAUAUGGAUGGGUGCAAAAUUGGAAGAUUAUUUACUGGUGUUCCAUGUUAGAUUGAUAUGACCAACAUUUCAAUGGAGGAGAGGUGGAGAGUUCUCUACAAGCGGUCUAUGUUGAUAAUUUCCACGCUUUAUACUUACUUGGGCCCAGAAAAGGCUGAAUGGUUCCAAACAAGGCAUCAAUCUCUCAAAAAGUAAUUGGUCAAAAUCAGGCCUUGACAUCCACACCAAAUGCCUCUUCAGUCUUUUAUAGGCCUCUGCCUCAACCAAUUUCUUCCAUCUGACUUGCUUUCAUAUUUUAGACAUUUACAUCCUUCUUGCAUUCUGUUCCAAUUUUCUUGCCGUUAAGCCACAUCUAUUUCACCUCCCCAGUUAUUAAAAUAAGGUUUAUGACAGGUGUAGCACAGCAUCCUCCUAAACAAAUCCACUGCAGUGCUGGCGGUAGGACAGGAAACCACAGUGUUUGGACCCUGACUCUUUAUGGCAGUGAUCCAAUCUAUUUAACCAUAAUCCACUGAUUGCACAGGGUGAACUGUUUUUUUAAAGAAACAGUCAUUCAUGGGAUGCGCUGCUUGGACCAACACUAGUUGUCCAUCCCUAGCUGCCCUUGAGAAGGUGAGAAGUCUUCUUGAACUGCUGAAAUCCACCUGGUGUAAGUGCACUCACAAUGCCCUUAGGGACAAAGCUCCAGGAUGACCUAGUAACACUGAAAGAACACCAAUAUAUUUCCGAAUCAGAAUGGUAAGUGGCUUGGAGGGCAACUUGCUAGUGGUCGUGUUCCCAUGUAACUGCUUCCCUUGUUCUAGAUGUUAGUGGUCAUAGGUUUGGAAGGUGCUGACUAAACAGCUUUGGUGAACUCCUGCAGUGCAUCUUGUAGAUGGUACACAUUGCUGUUACUGAGCCUCAGUGGUAGAGGGAGUGGAUGUUUGUGGUUGCAAUGCUAAUCACUCUCCUGGCUUGUGCCUUAUAGAUGGUGGACAAGCUUUGGGGAGCCAGGAGGUGAGUUUCUUGCUGUAGAACUCCUCUGACCUGUUCUUGUGAGCACAAAAUUGUAUGCAUGUCUGGUUCAGUUUGUGCUUAAUGGUAAACCUUCAGAUGUUGAUAGUGGGGAAUUUAGCAAUGAUAACAUAGAGGGGGAAAAAGCACAGGUAAAAUUAUGGAGCAGGUGGAACACAGCAGGCCAGGCAGCAUCAGAGAAGCAGGAAAGUUGGCAUUUCAGUUCAGGACCCUUCUUCAGAAGUCCCGAACCAAAACGUCAACAUUCCUCCUCCCCUGAUGCUGCCUGGGCUGCUAUCUUCCCCCAGCUCCAUACUGUGUAUCUCUGACUCCAGCAUCUAUAUUUCCCACUAGUAAAAUUAUGCUUUUGUGCAUAAUGUGGGGGAUAGGAAGCAUGGAAUAAGGCUAUUCCCCAAGAUAAUAUCAAAGGGAUAGCUGGCCUCUUGUAGCAUAGUGGUAGUAUUCCUACCUCUAAACCAGAAAGUCUAGGUUCAAGUUCCACCAUCCCAGAGGUGUGUUCAAACAGGUUGUUUCAGUAGGACAGCAUCUAAGUGCUUACAGAAUAUUAAAACAAGUUAACCAUCAGAAUGGUUAGAUUCAAAAGACCCAUCGCUUUUUUUACAGAUGAGCCCCCACCUCUGCUUUCCUCCAUACCAUGAAACUCUCUCACAUGGAAACAUGUACAAUUCUCUCUUAAAUCCCUUUGAGUUGCUCAUUUCAAUGACUUUAGUCAGUAACUUCUCAAUAUAUUGGUUCCCUUUAGAAUGAAAGUUUCCAUCUAAAUAAUCGCUUACUUCAAAAGUUUAAUUUGUAACUCCUGUUUGUUUUUAGCAGCAACAAUUAUAUCAAUCCCCUUCAUAAUUACAAAAACUUUUUCAGAAUUAAACUAUCCUCUAUUUUAAUGGAGGGAAAGGGGUAGAGAAGCUUAGAAGGAAUGCUUGAAUUAAAGUCUAGGCCAAAGGCACACUUGCAAAUGGUGAGACAGAGGAAGUAGAGAAUGCACUCGAGACCAAAAUUGGAGGACUUUUGAUUUCACAAGAGUUGUGGGACUGAAGAAGGUUACAGAUGAAAGAAAGGUCAGUUGCAUGGAAUGGUGUAGACAUUGUAAUGAAAACUUUACAUUUUCAUUUAUAUAUCCAGUUAUUGGUGGACUGGAAGACAAUGAGCACGGAGGUGACUGAUGAGUGUGAUGGUCCAAGUUACCCUGUGGGCGACGGGAUUUUGGAUUGGCUCAAAUAUCUGAAAGGUGGAAGAUUGAAUCAGGACAAUGUUAACAUUGUCAAAUCAGGAAGUAAAAGCAACAUGGAUGAAAGGUCUUGUGGGAAAUUAUCUGACAUGUUUGUUAUACUUGGAUGUGAGAGUCGAAUAAGAUGCAGAGGUUGUAAACCCACAGUGUGUUUCAGUCUGAGAUACUGGAUAGAGGAAUGGAAUUGAUGGUAAUGGAGCCUUUAUCUGGUGCUAAUGAUUUUUUUUCCCUUUUCCAAUAGAGGAAAUUAUGGUUCAUCCAAGCCUGAAUAUGACAUAGUGGAGGAGUUAAGAAAGAUUAUGGUGAAGUAAAAUUGGGUGUGGUCAGAGUAUAGAUAGAACCUGUGCUAUGUCUUCGGAUGAUGUAGCCAAGGAACAGGAGGUUACAAAAGAAAAGAGAAUAAGGAUGCAUGCAUGUGGAACAUUGUGGAUUGGGGUGGGAAGAACACACAUUACAGUAGAUUCUUUAAAUGUCUCUGGAUAGGUGAAAUUGGAACCAGGCCAGGAAGGCUGCCUUAACUGGACAAUGAAGGAGAGACACUGCAAGAGGAGAGUGUGACUCGUUGUAUCAAAGACUGUACAAAAGGUAUGGAGGACAAAGAGGAGCACUAUAUCAGAGGGAAGGUCACAUUGAGUGCAAUUAUGAAUGUGUUUAGGGCCAUGUCAAUAUUGUAACGUGAGUGAAAACCUGAUUGGAGAAUUGGGUAUGGAUUUGGAAGGACAUAGGAGGGGACAAUACAAUCAAGGACUGUUCCAGAAAUGAAAUAAUUUCCAUAUUUUCAGGUUUAAAAAGCAAGGGACUACCUAAUAUGAUUAAAGCAAUCAUCAAUCAAUUGUUUCUCAUCAAGUAGGUUAUUAUCAGAAUGACACUAACAAGUGUAUAAUUAGCAAACCAUUCUAUCGGUUCAGAUUUAACACACAAUCUGACUUUUGGGUAUUGACUAUUUUUAAUUACAUUCCAAUUUCACAGUUAGAAUAGUUGAUGUUCUGUUAUGAAUGUAUAAUCUUAUUUAUCUGUACAGAUUUCUGAACUAUGCAGUACAUAUCAGAAUUAAUAGAUUAGUUUUAAAUGGAGUGUCAGUAGCAACAAGUUAUGAUAUUGUGCACACCCAGUUACUCUUGGAAGAGGAACGUUAGCGGCGUAUGCUACAUGAUCUUGGAAACUCUUUAACUUGCUGUACCUGAAUAUGCAGCAUUCACACUGUAGCAGUGCAGACUUUAUAAGACAUGCAGAGGUCUGUAAAUGUUACGUUGUUGACCAUCCUGUUAACUGAUUUAUGGUGGAAUACUUACAGUCAUGAGGCCGCCUGUAUUUUAUCAUUAAACUUAGGCACUUGGCACACACCAUUAUUUCAGAGGCAAUAUUUUUCCAGUCUCCUGUGACAUAUCUUGAGAAUUUACCCUGUGUUCUGAUGUCUGCUCUCUUUUCCUAGCUCCUUGUGUCAAAUUUCACACAAGUUUCUUACAUUUGGUGAUAUGGAUUCCAGGGAGACGAAAUAUUGACAAAUCCCACCUAUUCUAAACUUACAUGAAAUUCAGGCUUGUAUGACAGUGUAACACAAACAGUGAAGAAAUCUAAGGUACAGAAAACCAAUGUUUGUUUUUAAACAUGUUGAAGCAGAAUAAACUCUUAAUGUCUGGAUAGUCACAUUA